AUGGGCCAAGCUCAAAGUGAGGUAUCGGCGACUGAUGCCAUUAACGAUCAAGCUCGAACCCACUCUCCCUCUUCCAUGGAUUCCAUUCUCGCAGAAGCAGCGGCAUAUGGAAAUGAUGAGAAUCAGUCUCUUAAAGCGCAGGCGCAGAAAACAUUAGACUGCCCUUGUGUUGCUGAGCUGCGGGAUUGCGGAGCUCAGUUCACCGAGGCUUUCCUUUGUCUUCUCAAAAGCACAGCUGAGGAAAAGGAUUCGGACUGCGUGCAUCCGUUCGUUGCCUUGAAAACAUGUAUCAAAGGUACUUGGAGCAUCGGGCCUAUAUAA